AGCUGGGGUGGGCUCGGGCCGGCGGCCGGGGGUUCAGGCCGGGCGUGGGCUCUGGCCUUGGCGCUCCUGCGGCGUCUUGGAGCUGCUUGGCAGCCUGCAGCACAGCCGCGCUCGCGGAGGUGGUCUUCCUGCGCUCCCACGUUUAAGAACUCAAGCCUGGGACAAUGGUGUGCAUUCCUUGUAUCGUCAUUCCAGUUCUGCUCUGGAUCUACAAAAAAUUCCUGGAGCCAUACAUAUACCCUCUGAUUUCCCCUUUUGUUAGUCGCAUAUGGCCUAGAAAAGCUGUGCAGGAAUCCAAUGAUAAAAAUCAAGGCAAAAUACACUAUAAGGAUACGGACAUAAAUGGAUUACCAACAAAAGGGCCAGCAGAAAUCUCUGCUAAAAAGAAAGACUGAAGCGAUUCUCACAAAGGAUCUCAUUGUUUUUAAAAUGGACCUGGUAAUAUGAAGCACCUUUGUGGUUGUCUCUGACCUUUUUCUCGAGACCACAAUUCAGGAUAGAUAGUUCAGAUAUUUACUUGUUAUUAAUUAGGAAAUACAUGGUAUUUAUAUUUAAAAUGUGUUUAGUUAUAUUCAGUGACCUCAUUCCUGAAUUCCUUUUUCACUAAUGUAGCUUUUAUUUCUAUUGUUGCAGUUUUAAUAAUAUGAAUAAAUAGGUUUGUGCCAGUGGACACUCUGUUACUAAAUCUAUACUUAAAAAUCCUUGUGCCUCUAGCAUUCAUUCACAUGAAUUUGAGUGCUCUUUGCUCUAAUUUCUUAAGGCACUUCUAUUCUGAGUGGAGUACAGUUUUACUGUGAGACUGUUGUAUAAAGGUGCUCUGAAGGGUAGAGUUUUGGGAGAUGAUAAUGAUGUGAAACAUAAAGAUGUAAUGACUGUCCAACGCAGUGGAGCAACUUACUCGUGAGAGGAGUAGUUAUUAUUUAUUUAUUUAUUGCUUUGAGGAAGACUGAAAAGACAGGGAAAUAGGGGAAAUUUCUUUGAAAAUGAAACAUCUUUUACAUAAAUGUCUGAUGUGUACUAUAAAAUUCUAAUCCUUGCUGCGUUCCUUCUAUUCCUACAAAUGUAUUAAACAUUCAGUUUAACUUGUUCUUUUUUCUUUUAAAGUUUAUUUAAAUAUUUAAAAGGGAAAUUUUUAACCACACAGAAAGCAGACUUUCAAUAGUGUGACAGCAUCUGGGUAGUGGUGGGAUAACAAUUACCUAUUGUUGUAUAAUAAGACACUUCCAAAUUUAGUGGUUUUCAACAACAAUGACUUAACUGUUGUUUGCUGGUCCUGAGUCACUUGUAAGGCUGAGGACCUGGGCCUCUAUUUGGUCUUUCAUCUUAGGCUUCUCUACUUCCGUGUAUGGAUCUGUAAAUAUUCAAAGAUGAUGAGAAAUAUCUUUGCAUCAUAUUUAUUUAUUCCGUAUGAAGCAGGAAAAGAUCAGAAGGGACUCUUGCCCUUGGGUCCACAAUGAAGCCCUGGGUCCUAACUAAGGCUCUGUUAAGCUAAGUUUCUGGUCAAGUCGUUGAUCCACCCUGAACUUCAUUUGAUAUAAUGAUAUAAAUUAGUAGGUCUCAACUUCUCUGCCCCAGCCCACCUGAGGGAUAAGAUAAAUUCCCAUUAGUAUCUAAAAUCAGUUGAUUAGUUUGGUUUUUAAGGUAUUAAAAACUGUAUUAUAAAAAUAGCAGAUGUUUAUAGCGAAACAAUAUAAGAGCAUGUUAAAUAAAAAGUUAACGUUCUUUCUCCACUCUCAUUCCCUUAUUCCAGCUCCACAGAUGUAACCCCUGUUAGUUUUUUGUGUAGCCUUCUUGCAACUUUCUGAAAGUUAAUUUGUUUUUCUUAAAUCAUUUUUUUUAAAUCAAAUAAUAACGCAAGAUUUACAAUGUCCCCACUGCCUUA